UGGUUGGCCGUCUGCGGGUCCUUCCUCCUUUUCCUCGUCCCUGAGAGGCUGAUGUCAAGAUGGUGAGUCUUGUGGCAUAAAAUGUAGAAUUAAAUCCUUUGUUUAUCUUCACCAUCCUUUCAUCGUUGUUAAAAUCAUGAAGUCCAAAUACAUGUAUAAGCCAUUCCUGUAAGAAUAUUAGAAUAUUGAAAUGGUAAAAUUAUUUUAGGUCCUUGAUGAACUGAUUAAUUUCGGUGGCCUAGCCUAGCGCUCGGCUGUUGGACCGCCUGUUCAGUUAGUUGUACAAACCAUUCAGUAAUUUUGUAACACAUGGCUUCUAAUUUUCUACUACUACGUGUUGGCGGCUACAUUGUGGUUUUGUCCAGUCUUGUAUAAUACUAUUAUUUGGCCAGCACAGGCAAUAUGGCUAGCUACAUGCUAAGGUAUGUGCUAGCAAGGUGUCCUCGACUGCUGUGGCUAGUGAGUCUCCCAGGCACAGCAUGCCACUUGUAAAGUGAUAUUAGGAUUCUGGAAACUAGCUAACUAGUUCCCACAAGAUAACUAACGCUAAGUUAUCACAAAUGCAUUGUCUUCGUCAUGUACCUUGUAAUCAAUCUGUCCAGAAGUGCUCAGGUGUUUGAAGUGGUUAGUUCACAAGAUCUGAGUAGAUGGAAGCUAGUUAACACUUACCUUGGCUGGCUAGCUAGCUAGGUUGUUAGUGAUGCAGCAACCUGUCGGUAUGAUUUGGUUUUGGACUAGUUACCUAGCAUACUGUUCAGGUAUCUAGCUAACUACUAAAUGUUACCUAUGUAGGUAGCUAAAUCGAAGGUAAGGUAGUUGGCUAGCUACUUGUUGCAUGGCAUAAUAAGUUUGAUAACACGACGGUGGUAGGCCUGAUCAAUGAUGAGACAGCCUAUUGGGAAGAGGUCAGAUACCUGGCAGUGUGGUGCCAGGAGAACAACCGCUCCCUCAACAUCAACAAGACACAGGAGCUGAUCGUGGACUACAGGAAAUGGAGGGCCGAACACGCCCCCAUUCACAUCGACUGGGCUGUAGUAGAGUGGGUCGAGAGCUUCAAGUUCUUCGGGGUCCACAUCACUAAGGAUCUAUCAUGGUUCACACACACCAACACAGUCGUAAAGAGGGCACGACAAAGCCUCUUCCCGCUCAGGAGGCUGAGAAGAUUUGGCAUGGGCCCUCAGAUCCUCAAAGUUCUACAGCUGCACUAUUGAGAGCAUCUUCAAUGGCUGCAUCAGCGCUUGAUAUGGGAACUGCUUGGCAUCCGACCGCAAGGCGCUACAGAAGGUAGUGCAUACGGCCCAGUACAUCACUGGGGCCAAGCUCCCUGCCAUCCAGGAUCUCUAUACCAGGCGGUGUCAGAGGAAGGCCCUAAAAAUUGUCACUCCAGUGACCGAAGUCAUAAACUGUUAUCUCUGCUAUCACAUGGCGACCAGGAGACCCAUGGGGCGGCGCAUAAUUGGCCUUGCGUCGUCCAGGGUAGGGGAGGGAAUGGCCGGCAGGGAUGUAGCUCAGUUGGUAGAGCAUGGCGUUUGCAACGGCAGGGUUGUGGGUUCAAUUCCCACCGGGGGCCAGUAUGAAAAAACAAUCAAUAAUAAUAAUGUAUGCACUCACUAACUGUAAGUCGUUCUGGAUAAGAGCAUCUGCUAAAUUACUUAAAUGUAAGUGGUCCUCUGUAGCUCAGCUGGUAGAGCAUGGCGCUUGUAACGCCAAGGUAGUGGGUUCGAUCCCCGGGACCACCCAUACACAAAAAUGUAUGCACGCAUGACUGUAAGUCGCUUUGGAUAAAAGCGUCUGCUAAAUGGCUUAUUAUUAUUAUUAUUUAAAUGUAAUGGCAAGCGGUGCCUGUGCACCAAGUCUGGAACUAACAGGACCCUGAACAGCUUCUAACCCUAAGCCACAAGACUGUUAAAUAGUUUGUAAAAUAGUUAACCAAAUAGCUACCCGGACUAUCUGCAUUGACCCUUUUUGGACUAACUUUUUGACUCGUCACAUGCGCUGCCUGCUGCUGCUGUUUAUCUAUAAUUUUGCCUAGUCACUUUAUUCCUAGUUAUAUGUACAUAUCUACCUCAAUUACCUCGUACCCGGGCACAUGGACUCGGUGCUGGUACGGGUGUGUAUAUAGCCAAGUUAUUGUUAGUCAUUGUGUUUUACUUUUAUUACAUGUUAUUACUUUCAUAUUAUUUCUCUAUUGUCUGUCUCUCUGCAUUGUUGUUAAGGGCCCGUAAUUAAGCAUUUCACUGUUAGUCUACACCUGUCGUUUACAAAGCAUGUGACGAAUAACAGUUGAUUUACAUUUACAUUUUAGUAAUUUAGCAGACGCUCUUAUCCAGAGCGACUUACAGUUAGUGAGUGCAUACAUUUUCAUACUGGCCCCCCGUGGGAAACAAACCCACAACCCUGGCGUUGCAAGCGCCAUGCUCUACCAACUGAGCUACAGAUUUGUGAUCUGAUGUGGAAUUGUCAUGCAACAAGUAACUUUUCUUUUUGGCCUGCUAAUUAGCUUGCUACCUGACAAAGGCAAUGUCUUGUGUUAAUACUUGUGUUGCUGUAUACUACUUGUCUUGCUACUUGUAUAUAGCAUCUAGAUGUAAGGUCCCUAAACUCUGUUCCCCAUCUACUUUCAGAACGACACAGUGACAGUCAGAACCCGGAAGUUCAUGACAAACCGGCUGCUUCAGAGGAAGCAAAUGGUAAGCCAAAAUGUUUCUUUCCUACCACGUAUACCACCAAAACAUGACCUCAUCUCUUCAUACUGAGUGUUCAGCUGACCUCUAUCAGUAGAGCAAAAGACCGUCAUGAUCUGCCCUGAUGGUCUAUUGAUUAAAUUAUCUAUUAAAUGUUAGGAAGCAUCAAGAUCACCAGUGUGCUAGUUUCCUAGUGCUGCAUGGUCUAAAACCUGUUUCCAUUGUCUCCGUUUCUAGGUUGUCGAUGUCCUCCAUCCGGGCAAAGCCACAGUCCCCAAGACUGAGAUCCGGGAGAAGCUGGCCAAGAUGUACAAGACCACCCCCGACGUGGUGUUCGUGUUCGGCUUCAGGACCCAGUUUGGUGGCGGCAAGACGACGGGCUUCGCCAUGGUCUACGACUCUCUCGACUACGCUAAGAAAAACGAGCCCAAGCACAGACUGGCCAGGGUGAGUGGAUGCUGGGAAAAUGGAAACAAGUGGGGCUUAGCUUGUGGAAUGCACCAAUUGAAUGGAUAUAGCUGUUUUUAGGCUAUAUUCUCUAUUUGUAUGACUCCAGGUCUGUGCAUAGUUUCUAUGGGUCCCAUCAUUGUCACGUAUUGUCUGCCAGUGGUGCCCACAUUGAUGCUGACUAAUGGAACGAUAACCUACACACAAUGGAAGCAGUGCUGUUUAGUUAAAAUGUUUGGUUUUCUCUGUUCUCACAGCAUGGUCUCUAUGAGAAGAAGAAGUCCUCCAGAAAACAGCGCAAGGAACGCAAGAACAGAAUGAAGAAAGUACGAGGCACCAAGAAAGCCAGUGUGGGCGCUGCUGGCAAAAAGGUAAUGUGGCCAUUCUCCCUAUGGUACAUUCCUCUUGUUCAAGGAUGGGUGCAUUUCAUUAGUCACAUUUUUACAGUAGCUCCUUUUAUUCUCCAUCUGCACUGUAAAAGGCUGAGUUGAUGAAUGCAUAAUACUGGAUGGCUGCUAGAUGUAGGCUAUGCUUUCACCGAAGAGAAAUUCACAUCAGUGCAGAUAGAGGGAGCUUCUUAAGAUUAUUGAAACACACCCCAAGUGUCACUUAUUUCGUAUUAGUUAAUAAUUAAUUACAUGCAAAUCUUUCCUUCUUCCCAAGUCUGUUAGUUCUGCCUUUAUUUAUAUGUUGUUACUGUUUUAAUAUGCAUUGUCAUCUUCUCUUAUCUACUGUUCCUUGGGACUUUAGAAGGUAAAUGUUGUUUUCAUCAGUAGACUAACUGCUCUGUGCAGAUAAUAAUACUUAGGAGUGAUGUUCCUAGCUAACUCCUGUUAGACUUCAUCCCCAUCUUCCCAUUAUAUAACCAAAAAAGCUACGGUGCCUUUUUACAUGUGUAUUUAUCGAACAUCCACACUUGGUUUCAGUUCAGUCACCUACCAGUUAAUACUUAGAAUGAGCAGCUAACUCAUGACCCUAAUGUUGGCGAGUGUGAACUGAGCACUAAUAGUGGUUUAGAUCCCAGAUUGAACCGUAUAGUGUGGACCUAAGACUCAAUAGUAGGUCGCCUAGUGGAUCUCUGAAAGAUUAGAAACUAGAGCAGUUUCUCAAUUCAAUCCUGGAGGACCCCAAUGGAGUACACAUUUUUGUUUUAGCCCAGUACUAACACGCAUAAUUAAACUAAUCAAGUCUUAGUGCUGGGCUAAAACACAAAUGUGCAUCCCCAGGGAUCCCCCAGGAAUGUAUUGAGGGACUUUUCUAGAAGCUGCAUUUGUGUGCAUUUAUUGACAUGUCCACAUCUGGUGCUCAGCAUUCAGUUUUGCCUUCGUAUUCUUUCCCUGGGUGGAAUCGGUCCCAACUGAAUUAGAUUAAUCUAUGGCGCAAAUCUUAUUUACAUUUACAUCAUUUAGCAGACGCUCUUAUCCAGAGCGACUUACAAAUUAUGACAUUCAGAGAUCUACUAUAGGAGUGUGAAGUAUUUUAAGUAAAAGACCUUAACAUUACUUUCUUUCUUCAUCCUUUUGCCUUUUAUUUUGCCUCCCAUGGAUUUUUUACAGAAAUGAGGUGUCUGUUACAGGUAUAAAGCAAAAGGGGCAUGGUGUGCUAUAUUAUUGUGUUGAAAUGCACAUUGAAUCUUAUCUCCUGGUACCUCACCUGUAGAGAUCUCACCUGUAGUCUUCCAUCAACCUUAACUACCAGUACCCAUCCUUACUAUUUCAACCCAUCUUCCAUCCCCUUUUUUCCCCCCAAACUCCUAAACCUACCCUGGCUGGUACUUAUACUCUGACGAAUAUUAUAAUAUCAACUAACGUCAUAUCAACAAAAAAACGAUUUAAUUGCACCACUACUCUGCUUCUAAAAAGUUACCAUUCUUAUUCUGCUGUUAAACUAUUUUACUAUAACUAUGUAUUGGUCAACAGCUCGGUACAGUUAUGCUAACAUGCGUUAUGAGCGGCGACCUUUGGGGGUUGUUUAUUAAAGCAUGUCUAGGAUAAUAAUUUAUAGUCCACUGUCUCGAUGUGAGACAACUGUCUACUCAUACGACUUUUCUCUGAAACCUUAAACUUCCUACUUUCAUUUAGGAAUGUUUAAUUUAAUACAGUGUACUUUGAAAUAUACUUUGAUAUUAUUUUAUACUCUACUGCCCAAUACAUUCUUCACUGAGCUGAAAAAGUCAGUUAAACUGUAAUAUUGCAGUUUUCAUUUGGAUGCAUUUACUAUUAAAAAAACUUGUAGGUUGAGCUCCAUCUCUAGCAAAUGCAUCUGUUCCCAAUUUCAAUAUUAUUACCCUACGAACCCUCAGCCCAAUUACCCCGCUUCCUUUAGUUGAGUUGCCCCCACCCCCUUGAGUAGAGAUGGAGAUGGUGAAUUUCAGUUUUGUAGGUAAACUAACUUCUCUUCCUCUGUGUUUCCCUGCAGUGAGCCCAGAGAAUCAGGGAUGUUCCUCGUGCUCAAGAUGUUCUUGUAUAUUGUCAUCGAAUAAAAAAAGUCAAACUGU